UUUUGCUAUUCACUAAGCUGGAUUAAUGUCUUUUGGAUGUAAUUAGACAAUUUGUAUUUUAUUUUGUAUCAUGAAAACACGAUUUAUAAGUCAUUUUUUUUCAAUAUGGCAAGUGAAGAAACUCGAAAUGGAUCGAUUAACGAUGGCGACAAGUCUAAGAAAAAGGAAAAGAAGCAAAAGGCUCAGCUGAAGAAGUCCAGUUUUUAUGAAAAUCCGGAGAAGGUGGACAUAGGAGUGCAGGCGGGGGAUUCCAUGGAUGAAAUUAAAGUGAGGUAUAAGGAACCGAAUAGAGGUAAUAGCUCCUAUAACUCUUUGCGGAGAAGUUCGACAACGACAAUGUCUUUGCCGCGACGAUCAUGGGAGACGGAGGAUUACAUAGACUUCGAUGACCUCCUACCGAUGAUCGGCGAGUUCAGAUUCUUCCAGGUGAUGCUGCUCCUGUUCAUGAUCCCCUUCUGCUUCAUCACCGCCUUUGUGUACCUGGGCCAGAUAUUCAUGUCCCUUACGCCCCCCAAGUACUACUGCUAUGUGCCGGAACUGACGCUGAUGAACAAUGUGGAGCUGCGCAAGCAGUUGUCCAUUCCGCGGGAGAAAGAUGGAUCCUACAGUUGCUGUCGCAUGUACGACACCAACUACACCAAGAUCCACUUUGCGCCGAACCCGAGUGCCUACAUCAACACUUCUUUGCCCACGAUGCCCUGCAAGCGGGGCUAUGUAUUCGAACAGGAUGAAAAGACCUACAUCUCGGCCACCAUGGAGUUCGGCUGGCUGUGCGACGAUGACAAGUACGCCACCUAUGCCCAGAUCAUCUUCUUCGUGGGCUCCAUUCUGGGAGCUCUGGGAUAUGGCUAUUUCGCGGAUCACUGCGGAAGGUUGGCGGCGCUGGUCAGCAGCAGCUUCGUCGCCUUGUUGGGCAGCUUUGCCACCUCGAUGUCCUACGACUUCUUCAGCUUUGCUCUGUCGCGGUUCAUUGUCGGGACCUCUUAUGAUACCGGCUUUACGAUGGUUUAUAUUUUGGUUCUGGAAUAUGUGGGUCCCAAGUACCGCACCUUGGUGGCAAAUUUAUCGCUGGCCCUGUUCUACUGCCCCUGCACGAUGCUGAUGCCCUGGAUCGCCCUGUCGGCGGGAGAUUGGCGGAGGUUCUCGGCAUACGCGUCGCUGCCCAUUGUGCUGGCCAUGUUCUCCUAUUGCUUAAUCCCCGAAUCUGCGCGGUGUGUACUUCUCAACCAUACCCCAAAACAAGAUAUCCCAUCCAUACAGGCAUUUCUCGUUCUCAGCUGGCUGGUGUCGGUGGGUGACAUCGAAGGGGCCAUGGAGAUAUUGAAACGGGUGAUGCGGAUAAAUAAGAAGAAUGUGGCCCCGCAAAUACUGGAACUCUUCGAGACGAGUUGCACACAGUUCUACAAGGAGGAGCUCCACGGACGCGAUUUCAACGUGUUCUCGAUCUUCAAGCGACGGCGGUUGGCCCGUUACAUGGUCCUGCUGAUCAUCAUCUGGAUGGCCAUGUCCCUGGUCUACGACGGACAUGUUCGGGCGGCCAGUGUCCUGGACUCGCAGAAUAUCUUUGUGUUCUUCACCAUCGCCUGUGCCACGGAGCUGCCGGGUAGUAUCCUGGUGAUCUUUACCCUGGAUCGCUGUGGACGACGCUGGUGCUCCUUUGCCUUCACCUCGUUGAGUGGAGUAUUCAGCCUGGUGGGAGCCGGGCUAACAAAUCGAACGCUUAUGAGGAUAUCAGCGCUAGCCGGGCGAUUCUUUGCGAAUAUGUGCUAUAAUAUUGGACUGCAGUGGGCGGCGGAGAUACUACCCACUGUGGUGAGGGCCCAGGGAGUGGCCCUCAUCCAUACGAUGGGCUUUGUGGCGAUGCUGUUGUCCCCACCAGUGGUGUACCUCUCUCACGUGUCUUUCCCGCUCAUGCUCUUGGUUCUGGGCGCCCUGGGACUCUUGGGCGGACUGCUGGCCCUCUUUCUGCCGGAAACGCUGAACCACGAACUACCGCAAACCCUAAGCGAUGGAGCUGAAUUUGGGAGGAAUCAAAGGCUUUGGCAUGUGCCAUGCUGUGGCCGCGGAGCAAGGAAAUCCCAUCCCAGACACUGGCGCCGGGGCUCCAGCCUAAGGACCUUGUCGCGGGAAGAGUUCCGCUCCAGCAGAAUGUUCCGAAAGACAGAUUAUGUGCACCGGGAGAAGAGCCAGCCCUCCAGCGAAAACCAUAAAGUCGACGAGAAAGUAAUCCGAACCUAUAAAUAUAAUGGCUAGAUUUGGUGUAAGACAAGGUGAAUUUUGUCCGAAAAAAUUCGGAGAACUUCUUGUGAAACCUUCUUGGAUUAUUUCUUUCUAUCUUGUUGUUUAUUACUUGUAGUUAUUGUUUAAACCUUUAUAAGUUUUUAUUGGUCUCCUUUUCUAA